AUGAUUCGAAAAAUUGCUUCCCGAAGACUUGCUGCCUCGUCGGCCCUCACACACCGUGCUACCGCUCUGCCAAAAUCCUCGCCGGCUGCAGCUAAGCGCUUUGGCCACGGCCACCAUGACCCGGAAUACCCUCCAGAGUCGCUUUUCAACAAGACUUCUAUCUUUCUCGUCGCUUUUACUACUUUCACCACUGCUCUUCUUUUGAACGACAAAUUCAACUCCAAGACUGGAAAGUCUAUUAUUGGCGACUGGCUUGUUCCUUCUACCAAGGUCGAAGAAACCGAGAAGAACUGGGAGCAGGGCGUUGCCGAACUCGAGAAAUUCCGAAAGGACAAGCUUUUUGAGAGAUCAAUCACAGAAAAGCCACAGUACACCGUUCCUUCUAACAUUAAUGCUGUUGCUGAGGUUGGCCCUAGAUCUAUUCCCACUGGCCGGGUCGUUCUUUUUGAUGAUGUUUCCGAGCGUACUCAACGAUAA